UAGGCUGCAGCUUUAAAAGGCUGGUUGCCUUCCUGCCCAUUAGUAACACUUCUCCUUCUUCCUCCCAGUCAAGUGACUUCCUGGCUUCACUUUCACCCAGCGUAUGGAAAUGGAGGACCAAAUGGAGAGCCAGAAGAGACGAGGGAUGAGCAAAGACAAUUUAAUAUCGGAGCGCACCGGGUCUUUGGGAUGUGCAGGGUGGUUCAUCGUCAUAGUGGUUGGAAUCUUUACGAUUUGCCUUUUUCCUAUCACCAUUUGGUUCUGUCUGAAGAUAGUUCAGGAGUAUGAGCGUGCAGUCAUCUUCAGACUAGGCCGCAUCACAGACAGGAAGGCAAAAGGACCAGGAAUCUUCUUCAUUUUGCCCUGCACUGAUUCGUUUGUCAAAGUGGAUCUGAGAACAGUUUCCUUUGACAUCCCUCCGCAAGAGAUACUGACCAAGGACUCAGUGACAGUGAGCGUGGAUGGCGUGGUGUAUUUCCGCGUCAAUGACCCCAUCGCCUCUGUGGCCAAUGUGUCCAACGCUGACUUCGCCACCCGUCUGCUAGCUCAGACCACACUCAGGAACGUCCUGGGGACCAAGAACCUGGCUGAGGUCCUAUCUGACCGCGAGGGCAUCGCUCACAGCAUGCAGUCCAGCCUGGACGAAGCUACAGAUAACUGGGGUAUCAAGGUGGAGCGGGUGGAGAUUAAAGACGUGAAGCUUCCCCUACAGCUGCAAAGAGCCAUGGCUGCUGAGGCAGAGGCGGCACGAGAGGCCAGGGCAAAGGUGAUAGCUGCUGAGGGUGAGAUGAACGCUUCUCGCGCCCUCAAGGAGGCCUCUCUCGUCAUCGCCGAGUCUCCAUCAGCUCUGCAGCUUCGUUACCUGCAGACCCUCAACACCAUCGCAGCCGAGAAGAACUCCACAAUCAUCUUCCCCUUGCCGAUGGACGUCAUCUCCCACUUCAUGCGGAAGUGACUGCUGUUUGCGUAACACAUCAUUUCAAUGCCCACACACAUUUCAUCCCCAAUCUAGGGACAUAUAUUUUACAGAGGAUUUGGUUGAUCAAAUAAUGUAAUCAAAUAAUAAUUUGAAUUAAAGGCAGCGCAAUGUCUUGAUUUUUUUGGAGUUAAUUAAUCCAUUGCAUACUUUGACAAAUCAAAUGUAUAAACUGUUGCAACCAAAGAGGGCUUUGUUCUCUAGGAAUCUUUGAAACUUGUAAAUUAAUUCAUAACCUAUCCUUUAUGAGUCAUUUUUAUAUUAUAUUUUUAUGUGUAUUGUGUAAGGACGCUCCGAUCGACUGGCCACCGAUCAGUAUCAGAUUUCCAUGAAAAAACACGUGAUCAGCAUAUGCUGACAAAUGCCUUUCAACGCUGAUCACAAAAGCUGGUCACCUGUGGCUAGUACGAUUGCAGCACGCAGCAAACCCUGCGUGCAGUGUAGUGUCUUGGGCAGCGUCCUCCGCCCACAGUGCGCAAGCGUGACAAAACCAAAACAAUCAUGUCUGCCGUGUGGAACUUAACGCAUGUCACAAAAACUACACCAUAUUGCCAAAAGUAUCUCACCUGCCUUGACUGGCAUAUGAACUUAAGUUCAUAAGUACCGUAAUUUGUAAUCCCUUUGCAGCUAUAACAGCGUCAACUCUUCUGGGAAGGCUGUCCACAAGGUUUAGGAGUGUGUUUAUGGGAAUCUUUUACCAUUCUUCCAGAAGCGCAUUUGUGAGGUCACACACUGAUGUUGGACGAGAAGGCCUGGCUCUCAGUCUUCGCUCUAAUUCAUCCCAAAGGCGUUCUAUCGGGUUGAGGUCAGGACUCUGUGCAGGCCAGUUAAGUUCAUCCACACCAGACUUUGUCAUCCAUGUCUUUAUGGACCUUUGCUUUGCUGUUCCCACAAAGUUGGGAGCAUGGGCUUGUCCAAAAUGUCUUGGUAUGCUGAAGCAUUCAGAGUUCCUUUCACUGGACCUAAGGGACCAAGCCCAGCUCCUGAAAAACAACCCCAGACCAUAAUCCCCCUACACAAAUUUUACUCUUGGCACAAUCCGACGAGUAUUGUUCUUCUGGCAGCCGCCAAACCCAGACUCGCCCAUCAGAUUGCCAGAUGGAGAAGUGCAAUUCGUCACUCCAGUGAAUGCGUCUCCACUGCUCUAGAGUCCAGCGGCGGCGUGCUUUGCACCACUCUGGUCUGUAGCGAUUGACGCUACGCCUCAGCAUCCGCUGACCGUUUACGUGGCCUACCACUUCGUGGCUGUCGUUCCCAAACACUUAUCAUACAGCUGACAGUUGACUAGGGAAUAUUUAGGAGUGAAGAAAUUUCACGACUGACUUUGUUGCACAGGUGGCAUCCUGUCACAGUUCCACACUGGAAUUCACUGAGCUCCUGAGUCCGGAUGCCUCCUGGACUCCUCCCUGGUGAGGGUUUCCGGGCAUGCCCAGCCGGUAGUAGGCCCCAAGACAGACCUACGCUGGAGGGAUUGUGUCUCACAGCUGGCCUGGGAACACUUUGACAUCCUCCCUGUGGAACUGGAAUAGGUGGCCGGGGACCGGGAAGUCCGGACCUCUACUGUGACUGUUGCCCCCGUGAUCCGGACCCGAAAAAGCAGAAGAAAAUGGAAUGGAAUAAAACAAAAUCGCACAAUGAAAAAGCUGAACAAUAUAGACGAGAACUGCAAGACACUGAAAAACACAUACAGUCAUCACACAGGUAAGAAAAUACAUGUUCCAUGAUUAUUAUUAUUAUUAUUAUAUAAAAAGACAUAUAGACAGUCAUGAUACUCAAGUAGACUUUAAUGUUUGUGAUGAAAAACUACUAUAUAGCCUAACACAAGUGAUAAGUGGAGGGGCAGCACCAAUCCCUAACAUCUGUCAUUCCCAUAGCACACGUUAGCAUAGUGACAACGAUGUUGAUGUCAUUUCUCAUUGAUUGGCCUGCCACACUGUACAACUACAUGUAUGACCGUCACAAUGCAAUGCGAGUUCAACGAAGAGAAACAGCAAAGACAUGACAAAACAUGCUUCUAUUACUUUGUCGGUGCAUUAUAAGACACAACUUGUGUACAGAGAAUAUAUUUACAUUCAGACAUACAGUAGUACAAUCAGUGCCAGAACAAACACAUUCAUUCCCUCUGGACCAAAUCCAUAUGGGGGUAAUUGUGUCACAAGAUUCAAUUUUUAAAAAGGGAUUUGUAACGGCAUAAUUUACAAUGUCAAUUCUGGUGUUUUGUAGGGACUGAGUGCUACAUAUUGACAUGUUAAAUGGCUGCCUGCUACAAGACAAGAGGUCCUUUACGUUUCAUCAAAUCACAUGAAUGAUAUAAAAUACAGUCAGUACAUUUUUCACAUUCGACGCAGAGUGCGACACAGAUGUCCACAGGACACAUCGGCAUGGUCAUUAGUGUUGUCUUCAUUCAUGUAACUAUAUACUGUUAUUUAUUGUGUUGCAUCAUUGUAAACUGUGUUAUUGUACACCUGAAGUGACCCUGAAGUAAAAGUCUAAACAGUU